AUGGGCAGGUGCAGGAGGUGGCGGUGGCCGGAGUUGGGCCGGCGGUAGCGGCGGGAGAGGAGGAGGCGGAGGAGGAGGGGGCUCGGACUCGGCCGUGGUUCGGGACAGCCGGGACACCGCAGCGCCUCCUCUCCGCUCCCUCGCCCCUCGGGGACGCUCCCCCUCGCGGCGCGGAGGGCGGCGGGCGCGGCGCGGCCAUGGCCGAGGAGCCCAGCGCGCUGCCCUGGUCCAUCAACAAGGAUGACUACGAGCUGCAGGAGGUCAUCGGGAGCGGAGCCACUGCGGUGGUGCAGGCAGCCUUCUGCGCUCCGAAGAAGGAGAAGGUGGCGAUUAAACGGAUCAAUCUCGAGAAGUGUCAGACGAGCAUGGAUGAACUCCUGAAAGAAAUUCAAGCCAUGAGUCAGUGCCAUCACCCCAACAUUGUAUCUUACUACACAUCGUUUGUGGUGAAAGAUGAGCUUUGGCUGGUGAUGAAGUUACUUAGUGGAGGCUCUGUUUUGGAUAUUAUCAAGCACAUUGUGGCCAAAGGAGAACACAAGACUGGUGUCCUGGAUGAAGCUUGUAUAGCCACAAUCCUUAAGGAGGUGCUGGAGGGACUGGACUACCUGCAUAAAAACGGGCAAAUCCACAGGGAUGUGAAAGCAGGAAAUAUUCUUCUUGGAGAAGAUGGCUCAGUGCAAAUUGCAGACUUUGGUGUUAGUGCAUUCCUGGCCACUGGUGGUGACAUUACCAGGAAUAAAGUCAGGAAAACCUUUGUGGGUACACCUUGCUGGAUGGCACCAGAAGUUAUGGAACAGGUCAGAGGAUAUGAUUUCAAGGCAGACAUCUGGAGCUUUGGGAUCACUGCUAUUGAACUGGCCACAGGAGCAGCUCCUUACCAUAAAUACCCGCCGAUGAAGGUUUUGAUGCUGACACUACAAAAUGAUCCUCCAUCUUUGGAAACUGGUGUGCAAGAUAAGGAGAUGCUGAAGAAAUAUGGGAAAUCAUUUAGGAAGAUGAUUUCAUCGUGCCUACAAAAAGACCCUGAAAAAAGACCAACAGCAGCAGAACUCCUAAGACACAAAUUUUUCACAAAAGCAAAGAAUAAAGAGUUUUUACAAGAGAAGAUGUUGCAGAGAGCACCAACAAUCACUGAAAGAUCCAAAAAGGUCCGGAGAGUCCCAGGCUCCAGUGGGCGUCUUCAUAAGACUGAAGAUGGUGGCUGGGAAUGGAGUGAUGAUGAGCUUGAUGAAGAAAGUGAGGAAGGCAGAGCAGCAAUUUCACAGCUCAGGUCUCCCAGAGUGAAAGAACCUGUACAGAAUUCCGAGCUGUUUCCAUCAGCUGAGCCUCCAGGUCCUUCACUCAAUGCUCCAGCACAGGCACCUACUGAACUACCUCAGGCUGCAGGACAAGCACCUGCACAACCUCCAGCUGCUGUACCUCCACCCAGCCAGGCUCCUCCAGCAGCCCCAGCAGCAGCAGCAGCCCCAGCAGCAGCCCAGGCCCCACCUACAGCCCCUGCUGCAGCUCCGGUACAGGAAGAUGUGAGAGUCCCCAUCAACCUUGUAUUAAGGUUAAGGAAUUCAAAUAAAGAGCUCCAUGAUAUUCGGUUUGAAUUCACCCCAGGGAAAGAUACUGCAGAUGGUGUGUCUCAGGAGCUGAUUUCAGCAGGUCUUGUUGAUGGCAGAGAUCUGGUAAUAGUUGCAGCUAAUUUGCAGAAAAUUGUGGAAGAGCCCCAGGCAAACAGAUCCAUCACUUUCAGACUGGCAUCUGGUGUCGACGGCUCAGAAAUUCCGGAUGAUGGCAAACUUAUAGGAUUUGCACAGCUCAGCAUCAGCUAAACAUUGGUCCCAGGAGAUGUUUCCCAACAGAGAACCCACAUGUGCAUAUUCGUAAUGCUUCUGUUAGCCUAAAAAAAAAAAAACCACUACUGCCAAAGAAUUGAACUACAGCCCCCUUCCUAGAAGCUUUAACAUUUUCCUUGAUAGGAUCACAAACCUUCCUGAAAUUACCGAUGACGUUUACACCUUUUGUAAACAACUCUCAUGUUUUUGUAUCUGUCAUCUCAAACAUGCAGACCCAACACGUC